CAUAGCAAACUCUACGUAAGUGGCGGCGCCUCUGUAGCAGAGAUUUGUUAAUAGCACUUUUUGUGUAUAUCAUUUUGGAUGUUUAUUUAAUAUAUUUAAUGGAUUUCUGUGCAUUUUUUACGAACGGAUGAUACAAACACAAAAGAAGUAAUUUCGAAAGACACGUCCGGCUCCAUGGAGGCACGCAAGUCGUUCGUAUGAAGUUGCUGGUCUCAACACAAUAUCAAGUAAACCAUGAUGGAUGUUCUAAAGAGGAAUUUAAUUUUUAUUUCCGAUUUCUGCCUUUAUAUCGAUUGACCUUUUCAACCGUCGGGAUUGGAGUAUAAUGUAAAAUUGCGAUAGGAUUAUUGUCGGACGGUCUUCUUUGUUAUUAUACAACAUGGACCCCGUCCUUCAACAUUUGGGAGAUGUAACGAUACAACGUCUUGAAAAACCGAAAGCCAAGCAGGACUUACCCGUAACGGAAUCAGAAGCGCAAGAGCCGCUGGAGGAGGAUGUGCCUGGUGAAGCGAAUGAAGGCUUAAAGCGAAAUUUGGAAGAUCCCGCGGAGGUUGUACCAAAAAAACUUAGGAUAGGUUCUAGUGAAAUAUCAAUAACGGAAAAGUCGAGGGCUACGCCCUCCCUCCCACACCCAUCUCAACUGCCAAGCGACGAAGAACUAUCGGAUUAUGAGUCCGAGUCGGAUUUCGAUUACGAAGGGGAGGACAGUGAGACGGCUAGUAUAAAGAAAGAGCUUCCGAGCAUUCUAAAAGAAUCUCCGAUAGAAACGGACUCUUCAUCUUUUCUAGAUCUUGUAGACAAUAGCUUUCUUGAUAAUAAAGCUCCACCGAUUACCAUUAAGACUGAAAGCGACAGCGGCGACGCCGACGAUUACGAGUACGACAUCAAGGAGAAACUGAAGGAGAUGGGCGAGAUCAGCUUCGAGACGGUUAAAAAGGGCGAGAAACCGAAGAAGGUCGAAACGGUCAACGAGAACGAGGUGACCGUUACUCCGGCGAAAAAGUCGACCGACGAAGAGGGACUCGAUAGAAAAGGUCCGCUGUCUAGCAGUAUGUUGCGGCGUAAUAUUCGCGAGGUGAUGGACGAGGCCAAAUUGGACGAGUCGACUUUGGCCGCCCAACGACAGGAGAUGGAGAGGUUGCAGAGGGUCCAGGAGCAGCAGAGGAUAAUACGCGAGGUGCAACGACAGGUGGCGCAGGAGAAAAUGCAGAAUAAAGUGCUUUCGCUUUUGCAAGGAGGGAAUCUUUCUAAACCAGGGACUUCCGGUGCAAGGAUUGGAAAUACAGUAUUAGUUAAGUUACCUAACGGCGAAACAAAACCUAUGACGAAAAUAGGAAAACGCCCAUUCGAAUUAUUAAAAGUACAAAAAAGCCCCUCGUGUCCCUUACGACCCCCCAAAAGUCUACUAUCGCCAGUGAGGCCUUCCGCUCAAGGUCCGAUGAUGCAGCCCGCUCAAGGUCAAUUAACGCCAUCCGUUAGCAUAGCACCCGUAAUGAAAAGGCCGAUGCAACUAUCUCGACCACCCAGUGACAGCGACAGCGAAAGCGAAGAAUUUAAAUACCAAAAAAUGCUGUCGAAGGCUAGAGUUAAGGAGGCGCCGAACGUCGCCGCCACCAUUGACCUAUCGUCCGACGACGACUGUGUUGUCGUCUCCGAAACGGAAGGUGACACCGGUGGUGAUGAAAUGGUGGAAGACCCCGCCAAUUCGGGCAUGCAUACGAACGACGAGUUUAAUCAACCCGAUGAGCAGGGCCGGGUGGUUAUCAAUAUCGGUCAUCCGGAUGGCGAACCCGACAUAUACGUCGCCCCGCAAAUAGCGCGCAUUAUAAAACCUCACCAAAUUGGCGGUGUUCGGUUUUUGUACGACAACGUGGUGGAGAGUGUGAACCGUUUUCAAAAUUCCACCGGCUUCGGUUGCAUAUUGGCCCACUCCAUGGGUUUGGGUAAAACUCUGCAGGUUGUAUGUUUUAGCGACAUAUUUUUACGUCAUACCCCCGCGAAGACGAUUUUGUGCAUUAUGCCCAUAAACACCUUACAAAAUUGGCUGGCAGAAUUCAACAUGUGGCUGCCUACGGAAGAAGACGCGAACAGGAGUCCACUGCACAGUUACGGUGAGGUUAGGUCGAGGAAUUUCAACUUGCAUGUGCUUAAUGAUAGUCAUAAAACUCUGGUGGCACGUUCCAAGGUCAUACAGGCGUGGAGAAAUGACGGUGGGGUUCUACUCAUCGGGUACGAGCAGUACCGCCUACUGUCAUUGAGGAAGCAACCGAAAUCUCGACGGAAAGCCAGCUUAAUUGAACCGGAAGAUGAGGAUAAAAAUAAACUUAUUUUUGACGAUAUCCAUAGCGCCUUGGUUAUGCCCGGUCCGGAUCUGGUGAUUUGCGAUGAAGGGCAUCGCAUUAAAAAUUCCCACGCGUCCAUUUCUCAAGCUUUAAAACAAAUGCGUACUAAACGGCGCGUUGUACUAACCGGAUACCCGCUCCAGAACAACCUGAUGGAGUAUUGGUGCAUGGUUGAUUUCGUCAGACCGAAUUAUUUGGGUAGUAAAACGGAGUUCUGCAACAUGUUCGAGCGCCCCAUUCAAAAUGGGCAGUGUAUCGAUUCCACCGAGGCCGACAUUAAACUAAUGCGGUACCGCGCGCAUGUGCUGCAUUCGCUUUUGGUCGGAUUCGUGCAGAGACGAUCACAUGAGGUGUUACAAACUGCUCUUCCACAGAAAGAGGAGUACGUCUUACUGCUUCGAAUGUCUUCGUUUCAACGUAAGCUUUACAAUACUUUUAUGAACGAGGUUGUGAGAGUGCAAGCUGUCCCCAAUCCGUUGAAAGCUUUCGCGGUCUGCUGUAAAAUUUGGAACCACCCGGACGUCCUGUAUCACUUCUUGAAGAAGCGCGCCGGUGGCGAGGCCGUCGACAUCGAUCUGGAGGAAGUUUCCAGUAAUUCCACGACCGACAGUUCGGGAAAAUUGAAAAAACACACCAGAAAGGCGGCUACCCCCAAGGGCAGGAAAGGCACAAAACCCGCCGCCUCGGUCACUCCCUACAAUUCCGCCUCCAUCUCGGAUUCGGACGCGAACCAAUCUAAACCCUUCCCCUCGGUCGGACAAAAUUCGAACUCCUUAGAUGCCCCGUUUUCUCCCUCCUCCGACAUGAUGGACAACAGCUUUAACACACAAAACUUCAACAAACAAUUGAAACCCACGUGUUUCCCGCAAGCCGCGACUUCCUUCGCCGAAAAUCGGAAACUAUUCUCCCAAUCUUCGAGCUUCAUUCAGGGCGACGAAAAGUUCUCCCAAAACGCCAACACAUUCCCGCAGCAAAACUUCUGGCGAUCGAAAGACAACGGCGAACCGUACGAGAAUUUUAAACGGUCCUUUCCUCAGUCAAACGACAUGAUCUGCGACAACGCACAAAUGCCCCAGUGGAUUAAAAAGGAGGAGGACAGCAAAUCGAAUUUGAUCAGUUCGAUAAAGGCGGAAGAUAGUAAACCAAAAAUUAACAUAAUAAGCGACAUCAAAAUAGGCGGUUCAUUUUCGAAUCAACUAGGCAAACCUUUGGAUCAUAAGAAAAUCAAUAUCAUAAGCGAUAUUAAGCUCGAUGUUAAAAAGGAGGAGUCGAACGAUGAGAAAUUGGUACCCAGAUUUCCGUUCGACAUUAAAAGUGAGGUUAAGUCAUCCCUUCAUAACUUCAGUUUUCCACCGCGAACUGAGACUCGUACCGAUGACGACGAUGUUAAAAUUAUUUCCGAUAUGCCUCCGCCGGCGAGGGUGAAGGAGGAUGCUCAGGAUGGAAUACCGUAUGAUUGGGCAAUCGAACUGUUACGCGAUUAUGUUCCUGGCUGCAUAGAAAACUCUGGAAAGAUGGAAGUGCUAUUCUGUAUAAUAACGGAAAGUAUCGCCUUAGGAGACCGGCUGUUACUAUUUAGUCAAUCGUUAAUCACUUUAGAUCUAGUAGAACAAUUCCUUCAAACGAACGAAGUUCCUGGUGAGACGGAGAAAUGGUGUAAAAACGUUAAUUAUUACCGCCUAGAUGGAUCGACGAGUGCGUUGGAAAGGGAGAAAUUAAUAAACGAAUUUAAUUCUAAUCCAAAAAUCCAUUUGUUUCUCGUUUCGACAAGAGCUGGCUCUUUGGGUAUUAACUUGGUCGGUGCAAAUCGGGUUGUCGUGCUGGAUGCCUCGUGGAAUCCCUGCCAUGAUACGCAAGCCGUUUGCAGGGUGUAUCGUUACGGGCAAAGGAAACCUUGUUUCGUCUACAGGCUGGUUAUGGAUCACUGCCUCGAGAAGAAGAUUUACGACAGGCAGAUCAAUAAGCAGGGAAUGUCUGAUCGCGUGGUCGACGAGUGUAAUCCGGAUGCGCACUUAACAAUGAAAGAUGUCAGCACUUUAUGUUUCGAUGAUUCUGAAGAGGGAGAAGAAAAAGACUGGUCACAUGUGAAAGAUCGUUACAUAGACAUCGUGCUUCAAAAAGUGUUGGAGCUUUACGGGAAUCGUUUAAAUAAGCCGCCUUUCCAGCACGAAUCUCUACUGGUGGAUAGAAAAGAUAAGCAAUUAUCUCAACAAGAAAAACGGUUCGCCAAAAAAAGUUACGAACGCGAGAAGCAGGCGGCUCGACAACCUGCAUACGGAAUGGCGGCUGCUGGCAGAAGUCACCGGCCGAUUGCGUCAGUGCGACCCAUGCAGCAAGGCGGGGAAAGGUCUACCAGAUGGAUUCCGGCCGAACACUGGCAAAGGCAAGGGAUGACGGCGCAAGAAAUGACGUUGCCCCUUGAUGUGGUCAUCCCUACCAAUCAACCGGAUAAGAGCAACAUAGUAUUAAAGGCGGGUCAAAAGGUUCUCGUACUAAAAUCUCCCAAAGGGGUUUACAUGCAACUGGAAAAUGGCAAAAUCGUAGCGAUUAAAACUGCUAUUAAAGUAAGGGGGAAAGCGGAGGACGAAGUCGAAAAAGCAAUGAAGCCCACUUUCCCGCCAAUUCUAAAGCCGCCGCCCGGAUUGCCGUUAAUGCCGCCGAAACGUAUGGUACGACCCUUCAGUCCCGGCGUGGCUAAGCUCAACAUGAGAAGCGUUCGUCAGGCCGUACCGAACCUUGUAAACCGUAUGCAGACGGCGUCCCGAAAAAUCCAAAUGGCUAAAACGCGUCCCUACCAAAUGGGAGAAGAAUUAGCUCAAACUGCCAACCAACUAAAACUGGAGGAGAAACUUUUACUCGGUAGAAACGAAGAGUUACCUCGCGCGAAAAGCGGCCCCAGAAAUAACGCCUUAUCUCAGGAAAUCGCUCAAAGGUUGCUGAGCGAGGAGAUAACAAUGGAAAGGUACUCUCCUAAGGCGGAGAAGAAAUAUCAAUCGAGAAACGAACCACCUAGUAAUUCAUCGAACGCCGAGUUGCAGAAGCUGAGGAGUAGAUCGCCCAGUUCGACGAUACAGCAGUUAGAACAAUCGACGUCCGCUAUUAUUUCACAAACCUCCAAACGUAUACACGACAUCAAUGAUAUCACUAAUUCAUUUCAAGAGGAUGAAAAACUUCAAUCCUCAUCAGAAACGUCCAGUUUGGCACCUAUAGAUUCCGAUCACUUACAAGAUCUCGAUACGACUGAUGAAGUUGAAGACUUAGACUCUCAUUAUUCCGAGGAACCAUCCAAUCACGCUCCCACAACUUCAACAUCCGCGGAUUUACCGAUACCACCGGAAUCGAUCAAAACCGACAUUCCCAAUCAAGAUUACAAUUACAACGGGUACUACGGCUACAACAUGCAACCGUACCCACCUCCUCCUCCGCCACAAGGCUAUCCCAAUUACCCUCCCCAACCGGCUCCCUACGACUACAACUAUCCUCCCCCUCCUCCGUCCCAGCAGCCGCAGUAUAGCUAUCCCAUGUACCCCUCCGUCUAUCCUCCCCAACCGCAAUAUCCGCCACCGCCGCAGGCGCCGCCGUACGACUACGGACCGCCUCCUCAACAACCUCCGCCGCCAAUGUAUAGUGGAUACCAUUCGCCGUAUCCGCAGCAGUACCCGCAACCGCCGGCGCCGCCCCCCAACAAUCCGUAUACGCCGGUCCAACAGCAGCCUCCUACAUAUCCAGAAUAUCAAUACAACACCGCCGCCCCGCAACAAAAUCCCCAAAAUGCGGCACCUUAUUUUCCUAAUUCUUAAUUUAGUGAUUUUAUUUAUUUUUACCGUCAAGUGUUUGGCAAACAUUUAUCAAUCAUCGGGCAGGUUCACCCUGUGCACGUGUUGUAAAUAACACUCUGUUUAUGUUUUAAAGUAUCGAGCAGACGUGUAGGUGGUAAUAAAUGUACGAAUUAAGCAAACUUAAUGGAAAUUUUCUUGAGUGUAAUAGGUAUAGAUGACUGUUGUAUGUACUGUACACAAUUAGAAUGUGUAUCACGUUUCCUUUAUACUUGUCGAAGUAAGUAUUGCAAUUCGUUUCAGCUAAACUCUGUACCGAUCUUUCUAUGAAUUGUAUAAUUGUAAUUAUUUGAAUUUUUUUAUGAAUAUUUUAAUUAGAAGUUUUAGUGGCAAUUUAUAUUGUAAUUAUGGACUCAUUUAUAUUAAAUU